AUGAGCGUCUAUGGGCUAGCGAUGCCUGCCUUCUUGCAAACCAUUACUCAGUCAGGUCCGCUUAUUGGCUACCAAAGACGCCUCUAUCAAAUUGGAACUACGAAAGGCCGAGUGUUAGGCCUCUCUACAACCUUUCUCUACACUUCAGUGUCUGUUCACCAAUACUUGAGUGGUGAACCUUGGUGUCUAUGUGCUACUGCUGGUCUUACUACCAUCGGCUUGGUUCCAUUUACGGAGAUUGUGAUGGCCCCAACUAACAAUGCGCUGGCUCGCCUAGAGUCUGAAGCCAACAAGGGGAUGGUAGUUUCCUGGGAGGAGACUGAGCAGCUGGUGCGAGUAUGGGACCGAUUCAAUGCAGUGCGAGCACUCUUUCCGUUGGCAGGGGCAAUUUUGGGUUCCCUGGGAUUGUUUCAGCUAGUCAACUUAUAA